CUCCAAUCUCACCCUCCAUUUCUCAAUCCAACGGCCACGAAUAAUGAGCAGUUAUUAAAUUAAUUAAUUUCGGCCCUGGCCAUCGUUAAGAGAGAUAAAUAAAUAGCAGAGUGAGGGAUACAGAGAAGAAGAUAACACAGCAGCAGCACAACCAAGACGAAGAAAGAAAAGGGAGAGAUUUGUGUGUGUUUUGUGAGAAAAUCACACAAAAACCAUCUUUUCUUCACUCACAAGCAAAAUCUAAACACCAAAAAGUUAGCCAAAAGAACAAAAACAAAUUUUGUUUGAGAUACACUGAGAGAGAAGCAGAGUUGGUUGUGUGCAAUCCAGGAUUUUAACGAUCUGGGAUUGCUUUUUUUUCUUUGUGAAAAUUUGGUUUCAUAAGUUUUCCUGUCAUGCAAUUAUCUUAUGAGAUGGAUAAAGAAGAGAGAAAUCAGAGAGCAAAUAAAGCAUUAGAGCCAGAUAUUUUACUGCAGUGGGGGAAUCGGAAGAGAUUACGAUGUGUUCGCGUUAGAGAUCCACGAAUCAUUUCUCAAAGAUCCGAUGGUGUUUUUCGAAGAAAAAUCACUACUCGAACUGAUAGACGUGUCUCUUCUGUUGCAGAUGAAAAAAUUACUCAUCACUUUCACUCUAAUCAUCGUCUUACAAGGAAUUCAGAAGCAUCAAUACUGAGGUCAAGUGUGACCGAGAAUCGGAAGUCGGCUUCGCCGGAAAAGGAAGACAGAUACUACACCACAAGAGGGUCAGUGGUGGGUGUGGAUGAGAAUGGGAAAAUCUCCAUGGAUCUUAACAAUGGAGAAGAAAACAAUAGUUGUAACAAUAAUAACAAAGGAAAUUUUGUGUGGCCAAAGCUUUACAUUAGUUUAUCAAGCAAAGAAAAAGAGGAAGAUUUUAUGGCUAUGAAAGGGUGUAAGCUUCCUCAAAGGCCUAAAAAGAGAGCUAAGAUAAUCCAAAGAAGUUUGCUUUUGGUAAGCCCAGGAGCAUGGUUGACUGAUAUGUGUCAAGAGAGGUAUGAAGUGAGGGAGAAGAAGAGUUCUAAGAAGCAGAGACCAAGAGGAUUGAAAGCUAUGGGAAGCAUGGAAAGUGAUUCAGAAUGAGAGAGAUGACAUGUAUUGUUGUUGUUCUUGCAAUGAAGCAGCAGAGCCUUUUUUUUUUUCCUUUGAAAUGUUCAGAAAUUUGUUCUGCAAUUUUUGUUUGGGUGUGAUGAUGAUAAUGUGUUGAAAUAGAAAUUUGUUAAGAGUGGGAAAAGGAGGAAGCAAGGAAGAAAUUGAGUCUCUGCUGUAAUUUGUUUGUUUUGUUGUAUAGAUCUAUGGUUCAAUUUUUAUUAAUGAGAAAAUUAAAUUUUUUUUUUCUCA